AUGGGUGAAAGGCCAAGACGGUCUCAAAGGCAAGCACAAGCAGAUGAGACAUACCCGUCAACCGUACUUGGGGUGUGGAUCAGUCAAAGCUGCGCUGUGUUAUCCUUUGUGCUAGGAGAUCAGACGUCGAUGAGUGCCGCACCGACUUCAACUCAGAUGAGUACUUCCACACCUGGCGCUUCUGGGAAAAAGCGACGCUUGGACGCUCAAGCUGACGAAGAAGAUGAUCGCAAUGGCCAAAAAGAAACGGAGUCAAGUGCCGAAGACUCUUCAGAUGAAGGCGAGCUCACACACGAAGACCUUAUGGAACGUAAAAGGAAGAGGCGUGCAAAUCGAAAAAAAUUGACUGAAGUUAGGCACCGCGAUAAAGAUAUUGGCAAGGUGGCUGAUUCACAUCCAAUUCCCAAACCUGCGACUCCUAUAGCCAGGGCUAUCUACGAGUUCACCAGGAUGGUGAUGGGAAUUCCUCGUCGUGGAUUGAUGUCCGUGUUGGACCCCGAUGCCUGCCAAAAAUUCCCGAGCUCACCAACCGAGGAGGAACAACAAGCUUGGCUCAGUCGUAAACAGCGAAGAGAAAACUUUAUCCGAGACGCUCAGGAUAAAGCAAUGGACAAGUACCUUCGCAAGAAACCUGAAGGGUUCAAGCCGAAUCGAAAACAAAGACAGAUGGUCGAGCACGACAGCGCCGAAGAGGCAAAUUUAAAGAAGCCUAUGAGGCCAGUCACUUUCACGUCGCGGAUUGCUUGUGGGGGUCGCACUCGGUAUGCACAUCAUUUUGGUACACAGUGCGAGGCCGCCUUAGCAAUGGCUGGUUUUCCACGAUGUACCUUUGAUUGGGACGGUUCUUGGGACUCGCCGUGGAACUCGGGAACUUCUUCGAUAAUACUGGCCAGUUGGUCGAAGGCGUACGAUGCAAAUGGAGCAAAGGAGUUUGGUAUUAUCAGUUCAGACAACACCGCAGCAAAUCGAGAAGAAGUCCUCCGACGCUGGUUCAGUAAUAAGGGCUCAAAAGUCCGAGAAGAAGUGAAACAUGUUGAUUUAAUGAAAACACCGAUGGGAAGAGAACAAAUGAAAGAGCACGUGGCCAAGGUACAAAAAAGGACCAUCAAAAAACGUAAUAAGGAAAAGAUCUAUGAAGCUCGUCUGCAGGUGGUAGAGAGGCUCUUUGGAAAGGAUUCAAGCGAGUAUGCGAUGAUAUCGCAUCCCGAAGUACACUCAGAUGAAGAAUUCGUAUCGGCCAACACUUUUGCAACUCGCCAACGCUUACGCCUUGAAUGGAGGAGGAGCGAGCUAGACACUUUCAUAGGCCACAUCGACCAAGCUUAUUGGAAGAGAGAGACUCUUCCAAAGGUCCGAAGAGCAUGCAAACAAACGGUCGACCGGGGUGCAUAUGCGCCUGAUGCUGAACCUGAUUGUUUCCCUCCUAAAGGCUUUCAGGCAUCAUUGUGUGAUCCGACGUGGUUGAAUUCUCAAGAAGGCUUGGUGCUGUCCGAAUUGAACUUAGAUGGGAACAACUCAUGUGAUAUACGAGAGGCAAUUAGUGAUGUGAUGAGGACUUUCAGGUCACGUGCUAGUCUCAAUGAUGAUAGUGGUGUUAACUCUACUGGUGGGGCCUCUGCUGGAGUUUCAAUGCAGCAUUGA